AUGAGUAACGAAAAGAUGAAGACAGAAAAAGAGGAAGAGAGGCAUAUGGAUCCUUUGUUUCCUAGAUUACAUAUAAAUGAUGCAGAUAAUAGAGGUCCAAGAAACAAAAUGGCUCUUUGUGAAGAGUCAUCCAGGUCGCCUCAAAGUUUCACCUCUACUUCUACUCCUACCCCUGGAACAAUGUCAAUGCUGCCUCUUCCGCCUAAUGGUGGAAACGCAGCUUCUUCUAGUCUUAUUGAGUGAAUCUGUUUAUCCCCUUCAUUCAUUGCCAACUCAAGGUAUUAGAAAAUUGUACGUUUGAUUCAUA